AUGACGUUCCUGGGUGUGUCUUCGUUCGUGGCCGGCAGUACUCCAGUAUGCGUGUUCGAGCGGCUAGGCAUCCGGCGACGAGCCCGGGGCGCCGCGAACACCGCGCUCCGGUUGAUACUCAACUUUGGCGGCGGCGUGCUGCUGUGCACCACGUUUUUGCACCUGUUGCCCGAGGUCCGGGAGGGCGUCGAGCGGCUGACCGACGACGGGACGCUCGACUCGAAAUCCCCCUUGGCCGGCUUGCUCGCCGAGCUCGUCAUGUGUGUGGGCUUCUUCUUCAUGUACUCGAUCGAGGAGCUGGUGCACGGGUUCGCGGGCGGCGACUGUCACGCACACCACAGCCACAGCGGCAGCGGCCACAGCACCGCCGACCGCGGCGGCGGCAGCGGUGAGGUCGCGGUGCCGCAACAGCGCCGGAACGAUGCGGUGAUCGCGGCCGGUUAUCCGAACGCCACCGGGUACGACAAGGUGGACGCGGCUGGCCGGGUGGCCAACUACAACUCUUGCAUGUCCACGGUCGAGCUGGCCAAGAAACCUGGGCCUGCCGUCAAGAAACCGGUGCCGGUCGAAGAGUCGUCCUCGCCGUCCGAGUCGGUCCUCCGAGGGUUUUUGGUCGUCGGCGCGCUCAGCAUACACGAACUGUUCGAGGGUCUGGCAGUCGGUCUGGAGAAAAAUGCCACGCAGGUUUGGUCGCUUACUGUGGCCGUUGCAUGCCAUAAGCUGGUCAUCGCAUUUUACGUCGGAUUACAGAUGCUUUCGGACAGGACGAAGCCAUUGCUAGCGCACUGUUCAAUAUUGCUUUUUGCUGUCACGUCUCCGAUAGGUAUUGGCGUGGGCACUCUGGUCAGCAAUCUCGAAGAAACAAACACUGUGGUCCUAUUUUCAGUCGUUCUACAAGGAUUAGCUACCGGCACUUUGAUGUAUGUGGUAUUCUUUGAAGUGCUCAAACCGUCUGUUGGAAAUUUACAAAUUAAACAAAGAAUAUUAAGACUAAUAUUUAUUGCUAUUGGUUUUGUAUCAAUGCUUUCCAUUCAAUUGCUUAUAACCGAAUCAGAAUAA